AUGGUUGGUGUUCCUGGAAAAUAUAAAGGCUGCGAGACGUGCCGACGCAGGAGAGUCAAGUGCAGCAAUGAGAGGCCAUACUGCCAGAAGUGCCUGGCUAGCGGAAGAGAAUGUGAAGGAUAUGAGAGGGAACGAGUCUUCAUCACCGGAACACCGCAGAACAAGGGUAGAGUGGCCUCUCAUCCCAAGAAAGGUUCGUCUUCAAAGAAGCGAAGGUCACCACCAUUCGAACAAUCAACCAGAGCACGCGACAUCACCCCAAUCCAACCGCUUUCCUCAGCUUGGGAGGACCAUACACGAAUGUCCAGUCAAGGAGUCGAAUACUCAGUUCUCGUUUCGGCCUUGAACAUCAAACUCCCACAUAUAUUGCCAGACAAGUCAACGGAGGAUGAGUCUGCGCCUUUCCACAUCACGUUCCCGCCAUAUACACCGAAUGAGCUGCAACCCUGGGUGGGCGAGGGAGACCUCGAUGUUAGGGCACAAUGCUUAGCAAGACUACCAGAUGUCCAUGAACAAGAUGACUCGGAACAGAAUUACUGCGUCUUCUUCUUUGAGGUUGGUGCAGAAACCGUCGAAUAUAGUCUCGAUCAAACCAUCACUGACACCAGUUAG